CUGAGUCAGCCACAUCUACUGGUGCAACUCGAACUUUUGUCCACCGCGAACAUCUCGAGCCACACCACAGCGCCCACCAUGUCUCUCACAUUCUUGCGACUUCUUGCGCGGCCCUCGGUCCUCUCCAUAGCCCCAUUCGCUCCGGUGCGAUCAACCCGACCCUCAAUUGCCGCCACCGCUUUCCAGCACAGCACACCGGCUUUCGCAGUCAGCCCAGCACCAGCAUCGCGCGCAAACAAAUGCACAUUAAUACAGGUCCUGCGACAAGGGCGGAUAGCGCAGAAGGCGCGAAAGCUCCGAUCGCCACAAUUGAGGGAUAGGCCGGAGCUGAAGGGCGUAUGUCUGAAAGUGGGAACGACGAAGCCGAAGAAACCCAACUCGGGCGAGAGGAAGAUUGCGAGGGUCAGACUGAGUACGGGCAAGGUCAUUACAGCCUAUAUCCCAGGAGAAGGGCACAACGUCCAGCAGCAUUCAGUUGUCAUGGUACGAGGUGGCCGCGCGCAAGAUUGCCCUGGUGUCAAGUACCAUUUGGUCAGAGGAGCGUUGGAUCUGGGUGGUGUUGGUAGCCGGAUCACCUCGCGGUCCAAGUACGGAACAAAGAAGCCCAAGACGGCGAAGCCCGUUGUCAUCAAGUGCACGCUGAAGUCGAAUAACUGCCUAAUCCCUUCGACGUUUCACGUAGUUCUGGUUCUACUCGGAUAUCCGCAGUCGUCGGCAAUGGAGACUCCCGGCGCGUUUGCCAACGCGACUUCCUUCUUGCCGUCGCCGGCGGACUUGCUCAUGGCACUGCCGCGUCUGUUCUCCAAAGCCAGCUCUCUUGGCGACAUGAUGCGCUCGGGCGGAAGCGUUAUCGCAGAGCCGACAGCCAACUUGACUAACAGCACCAUGACAACUGCAACCCCUGGCUUCGUGCAGGAAUCCAUUGCUGCUGCGGCUUCGGCGGCUGCAGCACCUGAGGGCGACAUGACAGUAUGGCAGGCCUUGAGGAAUGUAGCCGCCUGGUUCAGCUACAUCACUUCCAAAUGGGCCAUCGCAACCUUCGCGAUCGCAAUCAUCCUCAACAGAACUCACUUCUAUGGAAACAGCCGCGUUCCGCUAUCCUUCGACCGCCUUUACCUCCGUUUCGCUCUCUACAUCAUGCCCCUGGUUCUGUUUCUCUACCAAGCACAGAGCAUCCUACGAGCCAUACGAUGCCAAACCUCGCCAGGGUGGUCGACAAUGCAAUAUGGAGCGGACGAACGGCAGCUGGACACAGACUUUGGCGGCGAAGGCGGUUAUCUGUGGCAAGUCGCAUCGGCGGUGCUCUUCUGGGAAACCACCGAGGACUCAUGCCGAGCUGCAAACAUGCUACCCAUGGAUCCAUCAGGCACGCGGUCCUCUGGGUCACUAGCGCUUCUAUGGCCCAUGUUUGUGACCCUCGGGUUUGGUCAGUUUGUCGAUACCCUGGCGUGCGCCCUGCAGGGAAGACGUCCGAUCCAGGAAGUCGGCAUGACCAUAUUUGAACAUUCGCUCGCAUUUGCAGAGGCAGAGGCAGUGGUGACGAAGCCGCUGGCGGUCGACUCCACACGCUUCUUCAAACCAAAGUCGGUCUUCACCCCAGACGGCACCUCCCUCAUGAUUCCAAGGUCGAAGCUUUCCAGGAUGGCCAACGUGCCGCCAGAAGUAUUGUUGAUAUCUCUCAUCUCUAGUGUAAGCCACUUCGUAAGCAACCUGUUAGCAAUUGCUGGGGUGCGCUCGAGAUGGCGAUUAGUGACGACUACGAUGUGUGGGCUAGCAUACAUGUCAGCUUUCGCCUGGAGUUGUGUCCGUCUCACCAGGAUGGUCACUGAUCCAGAUCACUACGUGGGCAUCUUGAGAUUUCCCACUGUUUGCAUCAUUGGGUUCAUCCCACACCUGCUGAUACUCGUGGGCAUCGCAGUGUGCGCACUAAUCUACCUCUUGGCUUUCCUUGUUACCGUAAUAUCCCCGCCUGCAGGACGCACCGAAAAUCUGACAUUGGGAGAGAGGUUCUCUUUGGCCUAUGGUAAUCUACAUGCCAACAUUCAUCUAUCCUCGAUCACGCCCUUGACCAUCAAUUGGCACGAAGACUUCUACACCACUAUACUCAAGGUAGGCUAUGUCAUCUUGACCUCGGCGAGUGAAGCCGUGUUCCUUAACGAGGGAACCAGAGUCAACGUCCAUGCAAUGACCUGGCUUGAAAAGCAGAGAUUACAGGAACUGCUUGCUCGACGGCGAAAAACCCGAGAGAUGAUCACCAACAUCCCAUCUGAACUCAGAAACGAUACGUUUGCGCAGGGCGUUGAGGUGACUGACGAGCUUAGUGAUGUCAGGACGGAUACAUCAUCGUCAGGCUACGCAAGAGAGCGCAAGACGCGAGGUGUAGCCUCUGCAGAUUCUUCUAAUGCCAUGGGACAGAAUGACCCCGCGCUCCAGCAACGCAGUCGCUAUCUCCAAACGUACCAAUUCUUCUUCCGCAUAUCAAAGUUGAUCGUCCUCAGCCUUGCAAAGAUCACAGACUGGGCAUUGGCCAAGGUGGGGAUCAGCUACCGGCCUAGAUGGCUACGACGUACUGUGGGACUUGGUGAUGAUGAUGGAAAGAUGUAUGCUUCAGCAGCUGGAACAGGCCGAUACCAAAACCAAACUACAUCAGCAAAAGAGCCAUGGCUUACCAUGGAUGACCGGUCCCGGGUUCGUCAGAAUCGAGACUUCGACGUGGAGUCGUUCGCGAAGGAGAGGCUCCGACAGAGUGGCUUUUACUCUCAACCAGAUGCCGAGGACUCAGAGAAUCGUCUCGACGACUAUUUGUACUCCUGGUGGCGCAACGGUAGUCUCUGGAACGAGGUUGAUAACAGCCGGGACUAUGUUGUUCCACAAGACGACGACACUACGAGUGUCGUAUCCUAUGCUACCACGACAGACAGCGACGAAUGGUCGGACGUUGAGGAUGGCCAAAGGACGCCUACACGCGAUACCUACCAGCGGAGUCGGGAAGAAACACCCUUGGCUGACGAUGCGUUGGAUUUCUCCCGUCUUUCUCGACUCCUCGACCCAAAGACCAGGGAAGAUCGAGAGGAAGCCAAGCUGCUGUCACGCCAUCUCCAGAGCUCCAACAUCAUGACACGCUCGCAGUACCGCAGGGCUGUGGAGCGCGAAGAAGCCAAGAUCCUAACAACAUCACGCUACAAAAUGGGCGAUAGUGGCAGCAUGUCUGCAGAAGAAGAGGAGCAGCUUCUGGAAGACCUCAUCCUCAGUCGCCGGAGCGCGGCUGCACCGCAGGGCGCGAGCAAUGCUGGGAGCUGGGACAUGGGAGCAGAGGGCAUGGGCUCGGAGGGACCACAGUGUGUGCUCGGUCGACUGCCCUCAUCCACGAACCAUUUCCACAAUUUUAUGCAGCCAGAGCCUACAAACGUAUCACAAAACGUUUCCCACGUACAGACCUUUCCCGACCCCGCCACCGCAUCCCAGCAUGGACAGCACCGCAGCGAUGACUUGCAGGACCCUCUGCAGCCUCACUCGGGUGAGCUGUGGGGAGAGACGGGAACACCGCCCGAUGCGACGCGUCCACACAAGGCCAGCAAUGGAAUUGUCGAUACUGUGCAACCAGACGGACUGAAGCGCAUCGCGUCCCCCUCACCGCCACCGAGGGAUAGAAUCACUGAAUACGAGAAUGCGCUGAAGAUUUCACCACGGAAACCUGCUGAUGGGCCCCUGUUCGAGAUUAUCAAGAGUAGCAAGAAGCCUAGCGACAAGAACUCUCCUAUCUCAAAGCUGCCAAAUGAGGUCUUGAUUCACGCCAUUGCCCACCUGUCGCCGAACGACCUUGCUGCCGUUUCCCUUGUCUCUCGCCGUUUCCAUGAUGCGGUCACCACCCCACACGCCUGGCAGGUGGCUUUUGGUCGCUAUUUUCCCGGCCCCCUUUCGCUUGAAGAUGCCGCGUUCCGCUCAGCUCUUGAGGGCGAUGGCUUGGUCGUGCGGUCAGAAAAGAGACGCUUCACUAGGCUUACGGCAUUGGCUUCGUGGAGGAGUGAGUACAUUCUACGCACCAGACUCUUGCGGUCGCUCGUUAGAGGCAAGCCUGUGCAGGUCCCCUCAACACCAUCCCGCGCUGCUCAGAUGCAGACAGUCACCCCAAUGAUAACCUACGAUGCCAAGACGUAUACCAUCAUAAAUCACUUGCAGGCAACGUUUGGCUCUGGUCUGAACAAGAAGAUGCCGCGUUUCAUUCAUGGUGCAGACGAUAUUGGCAUGGUGACCAGCAGCGAUCCGACGACUGGUAAAGUCGAUCCGUGGGGACAGAGCGACCCCCAUUUCUACGGUCAAUUUUCAGAACGCUUUCCUGGUGUCGCUGAGUGGGGACUGGGCUCCGGAGAGGUUGUCGGACGGCCCAACAUCAUGGACAUAUCGCAGCCGUAUGGCAUGAUCUAUGGCCAGGGCUGCCCAGAAGGCUCCUGUUACUAUCGUUCCCUUGAGGAGAUGCGCGGUCGCUUCGUAGCUGAACCCAGCGAUUUCUGUAUGCCAGAAGUCGGUAUACCGAAGCUAGGUAUCGACGGUGGUGCCAUCUGCAGUGUCUGGAUCGCCAAGUCGAGCACAAUCCCCACGCUGUCGGAGGGUUUGAUUGGGAUGAUGAUGGGCUCUGCAGCUGGUGUCGUCAGUGCUUGCAGUAUUGGUACAGAUGGUCUCCGUACAUCUCGCGUACAACGUGGCGAGCUGACUGCGCGCUGGGUCCUUAGUCCAGGCGUACCCAUCAUCGCCAUCGCCGUAGACGAGCAAUACUCAGCCAAGCGCUAUGCUCAGAACCGCAUUUGGGCGGUCGCUCUGAACGCUCUCGGCGAGGUCUUCUACUUGACCAAAUUUCCAACUCGCAGCCAGGCCCCAAAAGAUGACAUUGAGCAAUACUCAGAAUAUCUAGGCUGGCUUACUGGUCGCAGCGUGUACUGGAAUCUGGUAGAGCCUAGCCGGCGCACUGCACGACCAGAUCCAUACAGUGACGCUGAUGUUGACGGCAGCUACUCGCCUCGAACAUCGUGGGACGGCAUGUGCUUGAGCAAAGAGCAAAUCAUCGCCGAGACCAGAGAGAUACAACAGUUCCUUCGCAAGGAACCUAAGCAUUUCCGAAAGACGUGCCUUGGAUGGGAUAUGCGCCGAAGACUUGAGGUCGAUUUUGCUGGCGAUGACGGCAACCACGCUGGAGAGGCCAUGGUUGUCUUCGAAUGCGGGCUUGAAGAAGGGGACGUUGCGGACAUUAAACGUUUCACUCGAUGCAAGACUGACCAAGAAAAAAGUACAACUACCUCGAGUCGUAUCAUGACGCCUCAGCCUGCGCCGACUACAUCCCUGUUCGGCGGUCCAGGCACGGGAGCUCUAGAUUCUUCUUCUCUUCGCCAGCGUAGUUCUUCGUACAUGUCGACCACGAGUUCGCCAGAACGAGCAAGCCCGUCCGAAGAAGAAUGGAGGUGUUCAAAACUCACUUUCGGCGGCUUCAAGAGCACCCAGCUUACCACUACCACUUUAGACGUCUCUACUUUCGCCACUCUAACCCUAUCUGAAGAUCCCGCGCUUGGUUUCUCGACUUCUUCCACUGCGUCUUCGCCCUACGCUUCCCCAAUGUCAGUUGCAAGUCAGCCUGCAUCUCCCUCCGACAUUCCUGGUCAGCGCGCGAGAUUUGUAGCUGCUGGCACCAAGUCUGGUGUGGUGCUGCUUUGGGAUAUCCGGGCGCCCACAUCGCGCUCGUCCGAGUAUACAAACAACGUCGACCCUCUUCGGAUCAUCUACACCGAUUCACCAGAGAUCUCAUGCUUGGCUGUCACCUCUCUUUAUCUCGUAGCAGGCGGAAAUGACGGCCUGGUACAGGCAUGGGACCCGCUGGCUUCGAGUAUGUCACCUAUCACAACACUUCACUCUCGACACGCUUCGCGUGCUCGGAGACAGCUCGUACAGGCUCAAGCCUCUGUCCAAGGAGUCGGCAUCAAUAUGUUCGCUGCCGGUGCCGUAUGUCUGGACCCUGAUCCGACUGUCUUGCGAGGCGCAGUAUCGCUAGGCAAUCAGCUUCGGUUCUGGAGUUACAGCUCAUCUGCCGCUGACCAGUACAGAAGCAGCAAACGUAGACUUCGAAGAGCUGAACGCGGAAGUAACAGCACUGCCGAGCGCUUUGCUGGCACGGGCAGAGUCAACUUGAAGAACUACAUCGCCAACGAGCAUUCUGAGCUAGAGCGUGACAGGCAAGAACGUCAAAAGCAGGCCGAGCGCUUGGCUGGUCGUUUUGGUACGGAGCUAUUGAGCGAGGACGAAGCUUUGGCAUACGCCGCGAUGCUUUCCCAGGAGACCAUGGAGGCGGAGGAGCUGCGCCGCAUCGAGCGCGAGAGUAGCGCCCUCAGCAGUGAGACUGUAACGCCAGAGCCGAGCAGUCAAGCUCAGCCUUUGUCACCUGCCGUCAAAGAUGAUGAAGAGCUGGAUGCUGACAUUGCUGAAGCUAUUCGUCUCUCUCUUAAUGAGAGCUCUGGUGCUGACAUGUAUGAACCCGCCACUACGCCGCCUUCCGCGUUCGACAUUCCAAUCAAGUAUGCCAAAGGCAAAAAGUCUCUGCCGUCACGUUCUCAAGGCAGCACCCCCAGAAAAGACAGGAACACUGCUGGAUCGAGCAACGAGAGCGAGAUGUCGGAUUUGGAGUUUGCCAUGCAGUUGAGUCUUGCUGAAGAGCAGAGUAGGAAGGAUGCUGAAGACGCUUUUCCACCGCUUAGUCCAGCGGCUGGCAGCAAGGUCCUGGCACCCGUCCCUGAUCAGUACGACUCGACUUUAUUGGCACUUGUCUGCUUCUUCAUUGUCCGCUCUCAAUGCGGCUACCACCACGAUGUGCUGUCCGCCUUCAACAAAGAGCGCAGAGCUUGCUCCACAUCAACCCCAGAGAUGGCUGGGCUAUCAAUCACAUCAGCGUUACUGUCCCCUAUCAAUAAGCUUCGCGGGAAGUCAAAUCCAUACCAGAAAUCCGGCAAUGCCAACAGAACGUCUCACCCCUCAGAUACACCCACCAGCGACGACCUUCUCGCUGAAGCACGUCGAGCGGCUGGUCGUGAUCCCGUGACUGGACAACGAACUCCGGGCCCCACAAGCAAGAAAGCGAAGAAGCAAAAAAUGUCCUUGGAACAAGAGCAGCAGGCCGCAGAAGAACAGAAAGCGGCAUUCCUUGCUUGGGCAGCAAAACAUCCACAGGCGGCUGGACGACCGUACGAGAGUUACGAGGCUUUUGUUCGGGAGAUGGUGGCGAAGCGGACAGGGAGUGUUGCGCCUAGUGGUCGGACGGAAUACUAUGCGCCUCAGCAGACGGUGGAGGAAUACUACUCGACGGGUCUCAGUGAAGAGGCCCGCAUAGUGUGCCUCCGUUUCGGAAAUGACUAUACGCCCGAGUGUAUGGAGAUGGACGAGAUGUUGUACAAGAUUGUUGACGCAGUCAAAGACUGGGUUGCCAUCUACGUCGUCGACAACAAGCAAGUCCCAGACUUCAACGCCAUGUACGAGAUCUACGAUCCCUGCACCGUCAUGUUCUUUUGGCGCAACAAGCACAUGCAAGUCGAUUUUGGCACGGGCAACAACAACAAGAUCAACUUCCCUAUCGGCACGAAGCAGGAGUUGAUUGACAUCUUAGAAGCCGUGUAUAGGGGAGCGAGCAAGGGGAAGGGGCUUGUUGUCAGUCCGAGGGACUAUUCAACUAAAUGGGCAUACUAG